AUGAAUGCUGCCACCGGUCAGGGGGUGAUUACAGCCCCUCCCCCCCCCAGCAUGCCACACAAAGAGCGCUAUUUUGACCGUAUUGAUGAGAACGAUCCAGGAUAUCUCCGAGAGAGGAACAUGUCACCAGACCUGCGGCAGGAUUUCAACAUGAUGGAACAGAAGAAGAGGGUGACCCAGAUUUUAAAAAGCCCGGUAAGAUUUUUUUUUAAUUAUUAAUUUAUUUUUUUUACAUAUGGCUGUCCCCUUGCCUUUUUAUUUUUUUUGUUUAUUUUAUAUAUCCAAGUAGUGUUCUGGACACACACCAGUUGUCAUGCAAAAUAUUUUUUCCCCUCUCUAUCAUUCCCUUACUCUACAGAGUCUGUCUACUUCACUCCCCAACUGCUGUAUAUUGCUCUGCAGAGCCUGUCCACUCCACUCUCCAUCUGAUAUACAUGUUGCUCUGCAGAGCCUGUCCCAUCCCACACACCUUCACUGUACUGUUGCUCUGCAGAGCCUGCCCCUCAAGCCCCCGUUCAUUAUACAUUUGCUCUGCGAAGCCUGCCCCUCCAGCUUCCAUAGACUGUACUGUUUUUUUAGACCAUGCACCACUAUAUUUCUGUGUGAAGAAUUAAGACUGCACUAUGAAUUCAGAGCAUUGCUGAUUCACAACACAAAAGCUUUAGGUUUUCAGUAAAUAGUUUACAGCGCUUGGGACAUGUUGUAAGUGAUGUGUUCUAUCCUGUAUCGAGAUGUCAUGUAGUAUAUUACUGUUUUAGUUUUUUUCUCAUUUUACUUUAUUUUGUAAACAUUGCUGUUUUACAAACCCCUUGUAAAGAUGUCUUUCUCAGACUAGCUUGUGAGACUGGAUACAUUCUUCCGGGACAAUGAAAUGGAAUACAAUAUAUCCAGUGUAAAUUCAUUUCUCGAAUGCCGCUGUCAUGAACUUUAGCUUCCCUUUGCUUGUCAGAUGUCAGGAAUUUUAAUUUUGAUUUAGGUCGUUGGUCAAUACGUUUCUUUUCAUUUCGUUUCAUCGUACAUUGGACAACAUACGUUCUGUUCCUCCCUCUCGCACUUUCUGGAAUCCUGGCUUUCUCUCUAAAGAGGUGCAGUCGGGUGCUCCCCUUUGGCUCAGUGCAGAAAAAAAGUCCCUUCUUUUCAGAGACCCUCUGCUACUGCUGCUUUGGCAAAGUCUGAAGGGCUUUGAAAUUCUUUCUGUUCUCCAAUCAGCUACAGAUCGCUUCAUUAGACAAUCACAAGAGUGGCCGCUCAAUGGGAUGCCGAGGGGAGGUUGGGGAAAUGGGGGCAGGAGUACAGGACAUUUGGAAUGAGUUUGGGGAUUUUUAACUCUUAGCAUGCUCUGCACUGUAAUCUUAGUAAUGCACACAGUCCACUAUAAAAACCAGUGUAACAAUCACUAAAUAUAAGAUUUAUUUAAUCUACCUUCUACAAAAUAAUGACUUUCUAACCUUGCUUCUCACUCCUUAAGCCCUGUUAUGUUGUUAAUAUACUCAUUAUUCACAAUAAAUACCUAUGGUUACUGUGAGAUGGAGUCUGACAAUAAAUUUAGGUCUUUUAGUCAAAUGAUGGACAUAUCUUUAAAUUAAAUCUGCCACCUAAACUUAAAAAAACAAAAACAAACAACCUAUUCCUUCUAAUGACACAUUCACACUUACAUUAUCUCUAGUGCAUAGAACAUCUUCCCAGCAUGCGCGUCUCUUCUCUUUAGAUGUACGUUGUUUUCUCCUUAAGCCUUUGUUAACUUAACUGUUGUUUAUUGGUUGUUGACUGGUGCAAGACUCUGAGAGGAGGUAGGUUGGAUGAAAAUCUUAAAUGGCCCUGAUAAUAUAUAUAUUUUUUUGAUGGUAUGUAGAACCUUUUGCAAAAACAUAUUAAAAAGCUAAGCGGUAUGUGAAUUGCAUACAUUAAUACAGACUCCUAUUUAGUGAUAAAAAUAAUCGGAUAAACAGGUCAUCAUUCGUUUUUGGGUUUUCUUUUCUCUCGCAAACUUUCAAACUAUUUUCUUGCCCUAGGAUGAGCAUUGCUCUGUAAUAAGAUCUUUGCAGGGAUUGAAAUAAUGUGGGUAUUGCAUUAAAAUGUCAUCAAAACUCUUGUUGCAAUGCCUGAGAAAUGCAGUUUGACUCUGGGGAAUAAGUGUAACCGAUAUCCGACUGGCAGGGAGGAGGGAUGGUAAGGGGCCGGCGUCGCACUCAACUCUGGUUGCAGUUCUCUGAUCUUCCUUUGCUGUCAUUACACGUCCUUGAUGGUUCCUGCAAGCCAUUCAAAUGGUUAAACUUGCAGGUAAAGGAUGCUCCACUAUUAUACUAUACUUUGUAACAGUCUACGAAAUGUGUGUUACCAUGAUCACCAGAUACAUGGUAGGUUUAAAUGGGCUUUUAUUCCACCAAAUCCACUUAAUGCAACAUUACAAAUAACACAUGGGUCUAAAUUAGGAUUGAUGUAACUUCAGCUUGGGUUAAAACAUUUGUGUUUCUGUGAUUUGUACCAUACCGUGGGAUGGUGUAAGCAUUUGGAAGAGUCUCUCUGGAUAUAGCUGUGUCUAUCAAAUGUAUUCUAAAAUCUGUAAGACUUUAUCAGGGGGUGGAAAUGAUCGAUUUGACACACACAUAGUGGAUAGUUGAAUCGACUAUUCAAUGGAGUUGGUAUUGUAGAACGCCAUAGGAUUAUUCAUAACGGUUUUCUGUGAUCUGAUUGACUUUUAUUUCUGAGACAUGAAUAAAAUCUUUGAAUGCAUUGCUUGACGAAUAUAGCCUGAGCUUUUCAGAGGAAUGGUUGGAUCUGAAUACAACAUAUUUGCAAUGAAAUGCCAGAGUAUUUGAAAGCGCUUUAAAUGAAACUAGUAAUGGUACUUGGUGUAGUUUGAGUGCCCCUUCUCUACGUUAAACCUUAUAAAAUUAUUUAGAUUUUUGCUUGUGGGACUCACUCUAAUGGCUCUGGAUGAAGUAAUAGAAUGGGUUGCUGGAUACCAAUAGUAUGAGUCGAAAUGGAGUGCCCACUGAACACACAAUAUCUUCUCUUUUCAAGCUGAUUCGUCUUGCAGCAAUCAAGAAGAUAGGCAAGUGGAGGUAGAUCUCAUGGAGCUGAUUUUGCUGAAGUCCGAGAAGACACAGCACACAUUGUUCAGCUACAUCCCUUCUACUGUGACUUGGAUCUGGGCCCCGCUCGCCUUCUCAAAGGAUGUGCUAAUGAGUUUGGCCCAGCUUUUUCGAACGUACUGAACUGUUCUCCAAACACAGAUGCCUUUUCUGAUCAGCUGCCACUAGCCAUUAUAAGACCUUGUCUAAAAAAAAUCCUUUGUUCCAAAUCUCCCCCUGGAGGCAGGAUUUUUAAAGUGGAUGCAAGGCAUUUGGGACAGCACCUGUAAACCCCACCAUUAAAGGGACACUUUAGUCACAAAAUAACUUUAACUUACUGAAACAGUUUUUCUGUGUAGGGCAUGCCUCUGAAGUCUCACUGCUCAGUUCUCUGCCAUUUAGGAGUUAAAUCACUUUUGUUGCUGUAGCCCUAGCCAUACUUCCCCUGGCUGUGACUGACACAGCCUUAAUGAAUGUUAGAUUUAACUUGCUUUUAAAAGUUUUAAUCUCCUACUCUGCAAAUUGAACUUUAAUUAUAUGCAGGGGAGUCCUGCAUGGUCUAGCAAGCUAUUAACUAAACAAAGGAUAAAAAAAAAUCUGAAUUAAACAAAAUUUGCAAAAAAGUGUAAACCUGAAAUUACUCUUUACAGGAAGUGUUAAAGAAGACUGUCUAAGUCACAUGCAGGAAGGUGUGGCUAGGGCUGCAUAAACCGUGAUUUAACUCCUAAAUGGCAGAUAAUUGAGAAGUGGGAUGAGGGCAUAAUAAGAUAGGCCAUGAUCUGUACAGCAAAACUGUCUCAUUAUGCAAAAGUUCCUUUGGUGACUAUAGUGUCACUUUAAAGUUUGAUUUCAGAAAAUUGUACAGAAACCAUCGUGGAAUGUGUUCAGUGUGGUGUUUGACUAUUUAUUCCUAAUACACCUUGACUUGUCUGAAGCACUUGACACUAUAGACCAGGGAUAGGCAACCUUCGGCACCCCCAGAUGUUGUGGAUUACAAUUCCCUUGAUGCUUUGUCAGCAUUAUGACUGUAAGAGCAUUAUGUGAGAUGUGGUCCAAAACAUCUGUAGUGCCAAAGGUUGCCUACCCCUGCUAUAGACGGUGGAGCAGACAGAACUACACUGGAAAGAGUUGCAGAGAUUUUUGUUGGUUCCUGUCUUUUCAUGAUGGAUAAUUAACAAGUGCUACCCUUGUGUUUUCAUUGUGUGAGCCAUACAAUUUUUUGCACCUUCAUUGGAUCGUGCAGGAAGCUUUAAAGGGACACUAUACGCACAGCAGUGUUUUCAUUGCAGGUUUUAAAUGCCUCCAGUUGCUGUCACAGAGAAGCCACUAGAAGCACUUCCAACAAAACAGCAGAGUAAAAUUCUAUUAAAAUCAGGUGGACUCAUAGAGACAAUCUGGUUAGCACAGUGCAGCAUUUUGCACGCAUGCUCCCUUGUCUCACAGUGCUUUCCUGUGUGGAAAAGCAUGGGAUUGGCUGAGAUCAUCGAUCUUGAUAAUCUCAGCCAAGUUGGCGGGACAGGAGCGCAGAGACCGGCACUGCGUGGGUGAACAGGUGACUAGUGUUUCAUUAAAUAUACAGGAGACAAAGUUUGCAGUGGUUAUAUCUGGAAUGUUAAUACCACACACCAAGUGGCAUCUUAGAUGCAAACUACCUACAAAACGAUCCCACAUCCUGGUGCCAUUAUUAUUUUAACACGUUAUGUCAGCCGUGUGAUUUGUACGUAAAUCCUGGUUUCCUGUGACAUGCCUGACAUGUCUUUUGGCUUUGAAAGAGUUAAAAUAGAAUGUCAUUUUAAAAAAACAAAACUGCAGUAUAGCCCUAGCAGCACACCAUAAGCAGGAAAGUUUGUUCUGACUUUGUCUUUCGGGACUUCAUUCUGAUGACUGCAUAUCAUAUAACUGAUCACUAAAGGGUUAAAAAGCAAUUCUCCCUCAUAGUCAAUCCCAGCUAGGACUUCCAGCACCUUGUGUGAUUAUGUAGCGCACUCUGGUGGCUAAAAAACAUUACUGCGCCAUAAUAUUUAUCAGCUCACCUAAUUUAAAAUCGCAGGCCGUGUUCCUGCUGCCAACUGACCAGUUGUAUUUCAUUAAAUGCACAGACAGGUUUAGGCAAAGUAUAUCAGCAACUUGAAAGGGGGAGUUUGGGGAGAUUUUAAAGAUUUCCUGUGCUACUGUGUUGCAACAUGAAACCUUGUUUUAGCUAAAACACAUAAUGGCCAUUAAAAAAAAAAAUCUUCUAAAAACCUGAGUAACUGCAGACGAUUGAUUUUUCACUUGUUCACUUAUCAUCCAGUUGUUUACAACCGUAUCAUUUUACACAUCCCCCUCACUCUUUGUAUAUAGAUGAAGGGGUCGUAGAUGGGCAAAUCAGACCGUUUAGACUUCGGAACUGAAAGGGUUAUUGCCAAGUGGUAACCUGUAUGUGCAGUCGUUCCUUCUAGGGGAGGCGGGGGGCGAGGCAUUUGUGGUUGAAAAGAGAAAUUGUCAGGAAUAAGACUGCAGAUGUUAGAAGUUAGGGAUACGGACGCAAACUGAUCACAAAGAUGAGGAGACCUGGUGAGACAGCAGGAGAUUGAUAGAUUACUCCAAGAGAUAGUGAGACUCCAGCGAUGUAGGAGUUACUGGUGAUGUUAAUUAAAAUGACAGUAUAGCCUGGACCCUGAUUAGUUGCACAUAUAUGCCAGCUCCUCAUUUAAAAAGUAAAAGAACACAAGGUGUACAGUGACCAAUAUUCUCCCCCAGUCCUGAUUUUGACAUUUGAUUUUGAUGAUGAUUUUUGUCCUAUGAAACCCAAUCUAGCAGAGUUUGCGAAUUAUGCAGUUGUUUAGUAUAAGUAGUUUCAUUCAUGGAAAAAUAGCUUGUAAAAGUAGAGUGUAGGAGCUUGUUUUUGCAAUCAGAUUCUUCAAAGUCUAAUUUUUAGUAUUUAUAGGUCAGAAAUCAUACGCAACAUUGAGUAUCUCUGACACAUACCACUUAUCGGUUGGGUAUCUGUCUUCAGAUGUCAGCCCUGGUGUGUAUAAAUAGGGAGUUAUAAAAGAGGUAAUUUGCAGACAUUUGGAAGGAAGAUGAGUUAAAUUGCCCAGCUGGGAAUCUUCCAAUCCUCCCCCAGCAAUGUCAUGUACAAACAAAUCCGACGUGUUGAGUGCUUUGUACAACUCCUACUCUUCACUGACCAAUUCUCUGUUAAUUAGUAGAUUUGGUGCCCCCAGGCUUAGAAUUGGAACAGAACUAAAAAUAUAAAUGUAUGUAGCAAACACUUAUUAACACAAACCAGCAAUGAGAUCUCCUGGCACCUGGAGCUAAUUAAAGGGAAUGGCAGAUCAAGGUUGGCGCGGGAUGGGUGGGGUGAUGUAGCAGAAUGUUGUACAUUGCUAUUAUUCACAAAUCUAUAGAAAGGUUUCCAAAUCCAAACAUGAUAUAUUGUAAAACAUCCCUGGGCAGGUUCGGGGUGAAAGCCUUGGGGUUUGUUUUCUGUUGCACUCCUAACUUUAUUUCCGUGUGUGAUCGGAAAAGUAUUAACUCUUCAAAUAGUCAUAAAUUCAAUAAUUAAAACAAAGUGCUAUAAAUAUGCUUUAAUAUUUCAGUUUGUAAAUUUAUUUUGCUGACUUUUAACCAACAAUAAUUACUUGGUGCACCACGUUAUAAAUCUAAAAUUGAACAUGUCUAAUAAGUUAUGAUGCGAACCCACUUAUCCUGUUAUGCACAGUAAGUAUGACACACCUACCAACUGUCCUACUUCAGGAGAAAGAGUCCCUAUUCUUAAUGGGCAUUCCAUCUGCAAUAUGUAGGUUUCGACAUGAACAACAUAGUUUAAUAUCCGUAAUAUUGCCAGCAUUAGAUAGAUACCUAUAAUGGUUAUUUAGAAUGUAAAGUUUGUCUUGUGCUUAAUGUUUUUAUUACAGAAUUAAUGUCAUUAUUGAAGUUAUCCCCAGUAACCCUACAAAACAGUCACAUCCUGUAAAAGUCUCCUUUUGCCAUUUCAAAUGUUGGGUGUUAUGAAGAUUAUAUGUGAAUGGUUUUAUUCUGUCUUGUACAAGCUGCUAAGGCCUCAUUUUGCUGCUGUCAUAUUAUAAGGUUGACAUAACCUGUAAUAAAAAUGAAACAUUAUUAUUAACAUUAUUGUGCAUGGCCAGGAGCUGGAGCAAGUAGAUGUAUCAUUCAAGAAAGUAUCCAGUUCUGUUUUCUCUGUUUAUAUACUGUUUUGUGCCCAUUUUCCAGGGCUGUGGAUAUAUAUAGGAUUCCUUGGUGAUAUCCCCCCAUCCCCUAAUCCCCUUUAGAGUUUGAGGGUGGGUAAUGUCACUGAGUUCUCCUAUUGAUCGUUUUAUUUAAGCAUUCAUAUCACUCAAGUAGACCAUCUCUGCUCUGAAUAUAUGGCUGCAGUGCUUAAUACAGGAAGUGACAUCAUAGAUCUGGUAGACCUCAUGUAUACGGAGCAUAAGACUGCAGUGCGGAUACAGGAAGUGAAUUGAUCUAGCAACUUUCCUGUAUUCUAAACACGUCAAUGCAGUGCAUAUACAGGAAGUGAUUGUAUUGAUCUGACAGACUUCCUGUAUACUGAGCAUAUAACCGCAGUACGUAUACAGGACGUGGUAUCACUGAUCUGGCAGACUUCCUGUGUACUGAGCAUAUAACCGCAGUACGUAUACAGGAAGUGAUAUCACUGAUCUGGCAGACUAACUGUAUACUGAGCAUAUAACCGCAGUACGUAUACAGGAAGUGACAUCAUUGAUCUGGCAGACUUCCUGUAUACUGAGCAUAUAACUGCAGUACGUGUACAGGAAGUGACAUCAUUGAUCUGGCAGACUUCCUGUAUACUGAGCAUAUAACUGCAGUACGUGUACAGGAAGUGACAUCAUUGAUCUGGCAGACUUCCUGUAUACUGAGCAUAUAACUGCAGUACGUGUACAGGAAGUGACAUCAUUGAUCUGGCAGACUUCCUGUAUAUUGAGCAUAUAACUGCAGUACGUAUACAGGAAGUGACAUCAUUGAUCUGGCAGACUUCCUGUAUACUGAGCAUAUAACUGCAGUACGUAUACAGGAAGUGACAUCAUGGCUCUUGAUGUGGAUAUCAAUUUAAUAAAUUGAUUAUCUUGCGUAUCUGCCCCCGGCCAAAUUAAAGCAGUAGUGCGUGCACGCUCCUAAAGUAAUUCUCACCAGACACAGGUUUCGGAUUAAUGAAAAACUUGAGGAAUGUUUAUUCUGGGGGGACGGCAUGUCCCUUAUAAAGCAAAAUUACAUCAGAUGCAUUGUCAGAGAUAACAUGGAAUAAUACAUCCAUAAUUGGUUAGGUGUUAAGUGGUUUAUUUAGUGCUCUUCCUACCGGGUGUGAUGUCACUGGUAUCUUGGUGGUCUCCCCCAGAUUCCAGCGCCAUCUUGUUAGUAAAGGUUUUAGUCGAUGUCAAAGGGAAACUCCCUAGCGGCCAUUUUAGGUUAAUCACAUAGAAAGUUGAAUAAUGCUGAUUGUAGUUAUGCUGAGUAAAUAGGAAUUUUACUAACAUGGAUUGGGUUUUUUUUUGUCCACAACACUCUGGUAGACUUCUUUAAUGCUGAACGGAUUGCUUCAGUGUGUAUACAGAUAGUAUAGGUGACAGUGACACCGCUAUCAAGCCUUGCUUCACACAUCAUGCAGGAAAUUAAAUACUAGAUCCUAAAGGAUGGUCAGCGUCUUCAUGUCCACUUUGUCAGCGAAUGUGUAGCUCUCAUUACAUUUAAGAAUGUUAUUUAUUACAUGUCUCUUUCUGUCUCUUGCAUGUCAGGCUUUCCGUGAUGAUCUAGAGAGCCUCAUUGAUGAUCAGAUGCAGAAAGGAAAUAAUCCUGCAGGGUUAUUGGCGCUACAGCAGAUCUCCGAUUACAUCACCGCAAGCUCCUUUGCUGGUUUUUCGUCGCCCUCGCUUAGUAAGUCCGCACCUUUCACUGUAAUCCAUUCCUGAGAGAGAUGUAAUAUCAUUUUUUUUUAUUAUUUAUUUAUUUAAAAGCAUGCAUAUUGUGAAACCUUGCAUUGUGUGGGAUUGCCUGCCGGUGAGUUUUGGCAGACACGUGACUUGAUGUGUGGGUUUAUGGCCCAUUGUCACAGGUUAGAGGGAGGUAGAUACAAAGUGAGCAUUUUCAAAGUCCACAUUUAUUGGCCAUUUUACUUUGCAAUCCCUUCCAUGUAUUCAUACUCCAAGCAGAGCAUGCACUGCUAAUAUAGCACUGAAUUAGUUAAACGGAUAUCAAGCAGCAAAGUAAAAUAACGAAUCUUGCUGCAGGAAGUUGCCCUCGAUCGACUUGCAUCCCUCCCCAUCCAAUUUACUUGUAUCUGGCCUGGCAUCCUGUUUGUAUAAAGUGGUGUUUUGGCUUCCCAGUUUAGGGCACCGUUUUGGUUGCUCAGAUGGGGAAGGAGGUAGAUCUCAUAAAUCUGUAUAGAUCAUUACUGUCGUGCGUUACUGGAGUGAUCGGACAAGGAAAGUCAAAGAUAAAGAAAUGUUCUUAAUGGUUACUUAAAUAUAAUUUGUGAAAGUGACCUAAAUUGAAGCAGUUCUAAUAGCCCACAUUACAGACAGGCUAACCUCCUGCUAGCUUGCUCUGUUUGUAACUGUGGCUGUAGGAAUCCUAAGCCUUUGUGAUUUCUACGCCACCGGGAUGUCACCUAGAUGUCCUCGUGUGUUUGGCAACUCUCCUUGUCCAGGCGGGUGAUGUAUCUACGCUCUGCAGGAUGUCUCGCAAAAUCAUCAGCGGUAGAAACAUGCACUUUGAAUGACCUGCUAAUUCUGUGUGUCUUGGUUUUAUUUUGAAUCAGUUUGCAGAUUUUUGUUUUGUUUUCUUAUGCAUACACUUAUGCCAUAAACAUACACGGUUUCUUUUAAUGAUAUUUUGAACAAGGAAAAAAAAAAUGAAAAUGAGGUUUAACUGCUACCACAAUAUUGUGUAAUGACGUUGGCUCCUUGCUUAGGUUAUGGUAUCUCCCUAGUAUUUAUCAAACCCUCUACUCUAGCAACUUCACAAAGAGAAUUCCCUUGUCUGGACAAAACUGUCUUUCAAGGACACCCCAGGCAUUAAUAAACCUUUUCUUUUAUUAGGUAAUGCAAUAAAAUUAUCCAAAAAAAAUAACAUUUCAAUCGUAAAAUAAAUCCUUACAUGGUUUUUUGGUAUUCAUGCAUUUGCUCUAACUCUACAGACUUUGCAGCUUCUGCAGUGAGUUGUAACAAACCAGGAAGGAACCUUUUCUUGUCCCUGGAAUAUUUUUUUUUUUUUUUAAUGCUUAUAAAAGGGCACAAAGGAUAGGGCCCUGUCUGGAAUGGUAGCUUCUUGUAAAAAUAUAAUCACAGCUACACAAAUAAUAUCAGGCAAGAAACAGUGUGGUUUGCCCUCUCUGAGUAAGGAGUGUAUACAUAUCUUCACAGUAGGUAUUUGAUGAUUAACCUGUUUUUCCUUAGGACCAGCUCCUAUUUCACAGAACCGGUUUCCUAAUAUUGUUUUAAUACCUUUCCCAUUAUACAUGCAAUCUGAACCUACAGAAAUGUACAUAAAACACAUAGAACUAUGUACAAAAUGAUGUGUCAAAAUCUUGCUUACAUACACUACAUUAUCAAGUUUUUUUUUUGUUUUUUUUUAAAUGUCAUGUAUACAUUUUUCUUUAAGGGUCCCCACACACCUCUUUGCGUACAGAUUCAAUUAAGCAAAUGACGUCAAGUGAGUAGUAGUCUGUCCCGCGCUGAAGUUGGUGCUGCUUGUCUGCAAUAAGUUGGGUUUUUAAAUUCCAUUUAAUUGAUUUUUAUUUUAUUAAUUCUUAAAGCAGGAGACUAAGCACCAUAACCACUACAGCCUGCUGUAAGAGUUUGAGUCCCUCAAUUCUGUCAAACCGUUUGGCUCAGCUAAUCAAAGCUGCUCAAAUUUAAUUAGCCCCGUCAAUUUUGUAAAAAUUAGAGUUACUGCAUUAGCGGUCUGUUAAAAGAGGGGCUGAGCCAGAGGUGUCUUGGUUUGAUAGCUGACACCAGAUGGAGUUCAGAGCCUCCUAGAAACAUUAUCACUACAACAGGUUGUAGUGGUUAUGGUGCUUAGAUCCUCUUUAAUGUUUUUUUCCUCCGAUUGACCAUUUUAUAGCUUUGCACUGUUGCUUUCUCUCCAGCGCUCAAAAGGUUUAUUAUGUUGCUGCUAAAAUGUCCAGCAAUGUGCGUAUUGGCAUCUUGGCUCAGAUGUAUCAUAUUCUGGUUAAAUAGUUUGAUAUUUUUAAUUAGGCUUGGGAAUGGUGACCCCCAUUAAUGACAUACAAGCCUCGGCGGAGGCUGCAAUGAUGAAAGGGGAGAGACUGACUCGCUGCAAGCUGGCCAGCAUGUACCGGUUGGCUGAUCUGUUUGGCUGGGCACACAUGGCCAAUGCCUACAUAACAGUAAGUGGUUUCCUUUCUUCUCACUUUAUGCUUUUUAGUGAAAAAGUUCCAAUGUGUUCUGUGCAAUGGAUAAAAACAAAACAUGAAAUUAAAUUAUAAGAGCAGCAUUUAUUAACAAAUGGGUUGAGACCCCAAAAGGAGUACUCCAGUGUUUGGAUCAGGAGCAUCCCAGGUCAUUUCUUACAAUAAACCUGUUACCGUAGCAGCACUGUCAGCAGUGAAGAAUUGCAGCUGUUUUGCACAUUUUAUGGUAUUACAGCUGAAAGAUGACCAACUCGCGUAACUAAACCUGCAGAAUGGGCGAUCAUACAAAUACUGUGUACGGAACUUGGGUCUUUGAUCAAAUAAAAAAAACAAAAAAAAAACAAUUAUCUAUUAGUAAGGUAUUGGAAAUGCAGCAUAUUAUCCAAGACAAGUAUCUGAAAGGGAUGUGUACGGUAGCUGCAGAAACGUGAGCAAACCGUGAGAGUGUAAACCAAGGAAUCCAAAUCCCAAGCUGAUUUGUAAUGUGAAAUAAAUAUUUUCAUUAAUAGAGAAUAAAUGUAUCCGUUGCUCAGUAGCAUACAUACCUGGCAGGGGGACAAUCUGCCCUUGGUGACAGGCAGCAGUAGGUGCACAGGGCCCCGGGGAUUGUGAGUGUGUGAAUGGGAGUCUCUAUGUGAAUUUGAGUAUAGGAAUAUCAGCGUAUGCAUAGGAAUAUGGCCAGGUGGGGGAGGGUUGCCAAUUAACAUUUCUGCCCUGGGUACCUACGUAUGCCUCUGCUACUGCGUUACCUUUUAUUUUAACCCAUUAAUGACAAUGGACAAGCCUAAACAUUGCAUUAAGUUGACAACAUUGCUGAUAUUCUCUUCAUGAUCAGCAUAGAAAGGUCAGUGUAAUACACACCCAAGGUGCUUUUUAAAAGUGAAUCACUUGUCAAGAAACUCAGCAUACAGAGCAGUGUCCACUCUCAGAGCUUCCCUGUCACUCACAGCGGCUUUGAGGUUAGGCUACAUAUGGCCCCCAGUGGCCACAUCUGACAUACAAAAUCAAUGGGAUUAACUCACUUAUUGCUGCUUUACAGUUGUAUCAAAUAUAUCCGACAUCUUGUGUAUUUGACAAUCUUGUGUGUGUGUGUGUGUGUGUGUAUGAGACACAGUCUGUGGGCAACCCUGUUCCCGUUAAGCUAUAGUAUAUUCAGAACAAAUUGCCUGUAAUGGACAAGGUUAUUGCAAUCUAAAUUGUUUAGAACCAGACCAAAAUAAACAAAUUAGAAAAUAUUCUGUUCGCUGGAAUUUUAACUUGGCUCUUUUUUUCCUAAUAUUUGAAGUUCAUUUGAGUGACUAACCCUGCUUCUAUUGAGGGUUUGCAGUAACAUUUAUUAAGUCAUUUGUCUGUAAUGUAGGGGAUGUUUUAAUUCCUUACCCUUUUCCUGAUAUUACACACAGGUCCGAGUGAGCAAAGAACAAGAUCACAUUUUGAUAGUUCCCAGGGGCCUCUCCUUCUCUGAAGUGUCAGCCGCCAACUUGGUACGUACAACUUUUUCAAAUGUAUUUGUUUGUUUGUUUAUUUUUAUUUUUUUCUGAUCUAGAUGACUAUCCAGGAAAAGACAGACUGCCAAUCCAUGAACUGCAUGUACAGAGUGACACUUCUUUGCAAAUUAAAAAUCUGUGCAAGGCUUGCUUGCCCCCCUCGAGAUGUGUUUAAAACUUGUAUGGUUUUACAGUACUGGAGCAUGUUUGAUAGCAUUAAAUACAUUGUCUUAUUGUAUGCUUGAUGCUGCAGGUGAAGCUUAAUAUAAUCGGUGAGGUGGUGGAUCAGGGAACCACUAAUCUACGAGUCGACCCAUCGGGAUUCAGCCCGCAUGGUGCCAUUUACUCCACACGUCCUGAUGUGCGAUGCGUUAUCCACAUCCAUACCCCCGCCACAGCUGCCGUGAGUAACAAUUCCUUAAAUAUUGUUGGUUAUCAUGCGAUCAAUAGAUAGGGACAGUCACUUCUCUGGAAAUGACAUCAUAGAAUAACCUAUAGCUCGUGUUAAACCUUUUAACCCCUAAGGACACAUGACAUGUGUGACAUGUCAUGAUUCCCUUUUAUUCCAGAAGUUUGGUCCUUAAGGGGUUAAUGCAAUGCGCCAUAUUAUUUUAAAUGUAUGUUAGAAUGAAACAAUUUACAUCAAUCCAGUUCAGUUCUAGCAGAGCCAGGGAAUGCAUUGCAUUAUGGGAGACCAAAGUGAUUUGAAAGUGGUCUUUGUCACUUUAUAGAAAAUAUAUCUGGUCUAACCACUGCCCACUCACAUGGAUUAUUAUUCACUGAAAUAUUUAAAAAGAAAUGGGAUGGCACAUACCUGAGAAAAUACAACCACUAGUUUAGGAGGGCAGCAGACCCAAAGGUUAAAAUACAACCUUUCUACGUUUUGUGUCUUUCUCAAGGGAGGGUCAAACACAUAGCAUGAUACAAUUAUGUUUUUUGUUUUAUAGUUUGAUGUAAUAAAGAUUGUACAAGUGUUGUCAGGUGUACACACUCACGCAGAACUAUAUUUAUCUCCCUGUCCCAUUUAGGGCUUGAGAAAGACACUACACGUAUUGUAACGUUACCUUUUACUUUUUUGGCUGAAUAAACCAUAUAACAUUUCAGAUUGCUGCAAAUUUUCUUUUUGUCCUCUGUUUAGGUAUAUAUUAGCACUUUUGCACAAGUUUGUGUUGGCUUGUUACACUUUUAAAGAAAAUAAAUGUAUAAGUAUUCCUGUAUACACCUGGUCACUAGUGAAAAACAUGUCUACUUUGUACCUAAUGUUUUUUUAAAUGAAAAUUUAAGCAAGGAUUAGAUUUUUCUCUUGGUACUCACCCAAAUAUAAAAUUGUGUGAACAAGUUUGCCAGCUUCUGAACCGGAAUGUGGUUUUGUUUUUUGGGGUCUUUAAGAUACAUAUACCUUACACCCCUUUUUGUUUUAAUUACCAGACAAAUGACCUACAAAUUGCAAAACUGUGGAAACACAUUUGGCACGCGAACAUAAUGGGCCACAGAUGCACGCACCCACUCAAACUAGCAUUUAUACAUACACAAACUAUGACAAUUACACAUACUCCCAACCACACUGGAGAGGGAUUUAAUUCUUCCUGCUGCUUGGAGGGUCAGAGGUAGCAGUGGGUUCUGUGUGUUUACCAUUUCCACUUAAAUAGCUCAGUAUUCACUCUUUAGAUUGCAGGACCCUUGCUCAGUCACUGAUCGGAUGUUUCAGACAGUUCCCACAUGCUUUAGCAGCUAACACUAGUAACUUGCAUUCUGUCUCUGGGGUUUACACUUUGCCAAGUUAUUCCUUUUCAGCAUUCAGUCCUGACUUUCUCUCACUCCAGGUCUCUUCCAUGAAGUGUGGGGUACUUCCCAUCUCUCAGGAGGCUCUACUGCUGGGAGACAUUGCUUACUACAACUACCAGGGCUCCCUUGAUGAGCUGGAGGAGAGGAUCCAGCUGCAGAAGGUUCUUGGGCCAAGCUGCAAGGUGCCUUUCAUUAAAAUGCCAACUUUUAUUACUCUUACAGAAUACGAACUCAUAUGCUGCAGCUUGUUUACUUACUCAUCCGUUUUUCAUAGUAACAUAAGCACAUUACCCAGAUAUGGGAGAUUAGAUCAUUGUUUAAACAAAGUUUGUGGGGUUUUUCUUGUUUGUUUUGUUUUUUUUCUCAAUUUUAUCUGUCCUCAGGUGCUGGUUCUUCGAAAUCAUGGAGUUCUGGCACUUGGCGAGAGCGUGGAAGAAGCUUUUCAUUACAUCUUUAAUGUACAGCUUGCAUGUGAAAUACAGGUAUUAUCCCGACCAGGGGCUGAAACAGCAGGGGUGGUGGGGGAGAAGGGUUAAUUUUUUCUUAAGGUACACUAAGAGCACAUAGACCACUAGCUAUUGUUCCAGGAGUACCCAACUCCUUCCCAGAGGAAUUUGUCAAAAUGUUUUUUUACAAGGCUUGUUGAUGUACCCGGGUCCAACUGGGCACUUGUCUAGCCUGCUUCCAGAUACUGCAACCACAAACAUCUGCCUCAACCACUGAGCCAUGCAGGGCCAAGCACAUCAGAUGAGCGCUCAGCCGGCAAGUGUAGUCCUCGAUUCGCUAGGGUCAGCUCCGUGAAGACAUCAGACUUCUGAAGGAGGAAACCAGAUGCUGCACAUAUGCCUGGGAGAUCCAGAUACGUUGGAACUAUUUAAAACCGUUUGACAAAUUACUCUGAGAGGGUGUGAGGCCCUCCUUGCACCACAACCACAAAAGCGUUCUGUGCUUUUGAAGAAAGUAUGUAUUGUGUUCAGUACUCUAACUUCAAUCAUACUAUAACAUUCUUUCCAAAAAGCAACCAAAUUGUGCAGCAAUUACAUCUUAUGCAAACAUCAAUGUGUGAUAUUUAAAGCAAUUUAGCCAGUAAUGUUGUUGUUUAUAGGUUUUCUAUAGUGUGAGGAAUACAAAGUUUUAUUUCUUACACUAUUGUUCCCUGUACUGCCCCCGCACCCUUCAAUCUUCUUUGGCGCUUUGAGGUCACACCACAGGGGGUGGCUAAUGUGCACCUCAAGCAUAUUUGGUCCACCCCAAAGAAAAGCAUUGCUUCAAUGCUUUCCUAUGGGGAUUUUUACUGACGCUGAAUGUCCUCAUGCAGGGUGUGAGGUCACCUAGCCACCAGGAAGUGCCUCUAGUAGCACUGUGACCGCCACUACAGGCCGUCUUAGUCCUGCAAUGUUAUCAUGUUGUUUUAAUUAAGGGGGAUAGGGGCAGUUCACCCAGACCACUUCAUGAGCUGAAGUGGUUUGAGCGCCUAUAGUGUCAGUUUAUUAUUGUGUACAAAUGUAAACUUUUUUUCCAUGCUCUGCCUCCAUCUGUUUGGUGUCACUGACUAUAUUUUAUCCACCUGUAACAUUGUUUCAUGACUCGUUUCAAUAUCCUCCUACAGGUAAAUGCUCUGGCUGGGGCUGGAGGGAUUAACAACUUAGUUCUGCUUGAUCAUGAGAAAUACAAGCCAGUCACACAUGAUCUGGCCAGCGAAGGUGGCGGAGGGGUCAAUAUGGAGGGGCAACACAAGUGGAAGGUUGGAGAGUUGGAGUUUGAGUCUCUUAUGAGGAUGCUAGAUAAUUUGGUGAGUACCCAUGAUGCUACAUUAAUUUUAUGGUUUCUAAUUGCCCCCUCCUUAAUUAUGUUUGUGCAUCUGCUGUCCUCUAUUAAUUGAGUACAAUCUCCUCUGCAGGGUUACAGGACAGGUUAUGCCUACCGACAGCCUCUGACCCGGGAAAAACCUAGACACAAGAGUGAAGUAGAAAUCCCAGCCACCGUCACAGCAUUCUCAUUUGAGGAUGAUCCCUCUAUGCCACGUUCCCCUCUUCGAUUCCUAGCACAGAGGCAGCAGCGAGAGAAGACUCGAUGGCUCAAUUCUCCUAACACCUACCUCAAAGUUCAUGUUCCUGAGGAGUCUCUGAAUGGAGAGAUGAGCCCAAGGACCAAGGUUAUGGUAAGUAGUUACUGCAAGAGUAGUAUAGAGUUGCACCCUCUCUCCCCUAUCCCACCAGAACUCCUACCCUGUAUUUCAGCAACCGUGCUUGGUGAUUGGCUGAGAACGGAUUCUCCCUUUAUUUGCCAUAUUUCUAUUUGCAACGCUGCUCCCCAUUCAUGGAAAUUAGAUCUAAAAUAAUAUUGGGAUGAAGUGUGUGUAUAUAUAUAUAUAACCACCCACUAUAUAUUUUAUUCUGCACCUCUUGUUUUUGCAUAUUUUUCACGGCUGUCUGAGAGUUGUAGAAGCACAAUAGUGCAGGUUAUUUGAUAUCUAAAUAUUGUACGGCAGUAUAUUUGAGAAAAUAUUUAAGUAAAGUGGAUUUCCUGUCGACAUCCGCAUCCAUCUGUUCCCUGUUCAAUGUAAUGGUGAGAGCUGAUCUGAACGUGGUGUGUUUUUGUUUUUUUUUGGUUUUCCUUUUGUUAUCCUGUGUCCAUGUUUGUCUGUGGCUUACCUACUGUCAUCCACCUUUCCAGUGGAUGAAAGCUGAGGAGGUGAACAAGGCUGGAGGGUUCCCCAUCAAAAUCGAAGAUCCCAAUCAGUUUGUCCCGUUAAACACUAACCCAACUGAUGUUCUGGAAAAACGAAACAAGGUAGAUUUUAUACAUUGGAUCUUGAUUUUUUUUCACACUGUUUGUACUGUACCUUCUGCUAACACUUUCACUGCUAUCAGUUCAUUAUCUUGGACUGAGAAUGAAAAAGCAGCACCGCACUUCACUGUAAUCAUGUGAUCCUUUAUUAAGUUACACAAAGGCCAUGUUUUAAACCAAAGUGGAGCAUUGAUUGGCGGUCUUCCAAAUUGCCAUAGCCAAAUCAUAUAAAGCUACAUAGCAUUUAUAAAAUGUAUAGUUAAGAACUAAUUUAUGUAAUCUUGAAAAACCAACCAUACAUAUACUUGCUCAUAUUUAUGAACUAGCUCCAAUGAAUCUGCUAAUAAUUCUUUGGACUCUGUAAGGUACGAGAAAAAUAAUUAAUGUGAUACAAAUACCAUGUAUUGCAGAACAGACGUUUUACAGAAAUGGAGAAAAUAUUGGGUUUGAUUUAACUUCUGUUCUUGAUGUAGAACAUUUUGGAAAGUUUUCGCUGUUGCAUAAGCAGAUUGAGCCACAAGCAGGAUUAGAUGACUUAGUUCUAUGUGAAACGCCCAAUUUAAGGUAGAGGGAAAGAACAGUAUCCUAUGUAGAGCAGAUAUACUAUACCUGGGCAAAAUAAAGCUGGCUACUCCCACAGUCAAGAACAUUUCAUUCAGAUCUAUCCCUUAAAUUUCUGCUCACAUACCGGAUUACAGCGAUUCCCCAGAGCUGCUGGCUCUGUGCAGAUCAUUAGCUCCCUCCAGAGGAAGAGUGUGGUCCUUGUUAGCUGUGUAGGAUGCACAUACAAGUUGGACUAAUUUGCUAAUAAAAACUAAUAAAUGUUACUAUCUUGCUUUGAUGUAUCGGGUCAUUGUGCAUCUUAUUGAUGAAGUUCUAAACCAUCCUGGAAAGAGAUUCAGUAUAAACAACCUAACUUUACGUUAUUGCAGCAAAGUUAUUUAUUUACUAAAGUGUAAAUUUUUAAAGGAACAUUCAGAGUUGUCAAAUCAUUCUCAAGCAGGACUGCUCAUCUCAGGAGAACACCAAGGCACUCCUGGCACCGUACUUGCCACUACAGUAAUCUGAAGUGGUUAUGGUUCUUGGAGUGUUCCAUUAGGGAUUUGACUGGAGAAGAUUAGACAAUGAGAGAUUGUAAAAUGUGUGGGUGAUCGGUAAUAAUUCCAUAUGUUUAAUAUAUAUGAGGUUCUGAUCAGGAUUCUGUGUCCACUAUUUUCUAGAUCAGAGAGCAGAACCGGUACGACCUAAAGACUGCUGGACCCCAAUCCCAGGUGCUAGCUGGAAUUGUAGUGGACAGGCCAAAUCCUGUAAGUUUGUAGCCUUGUGAAUGCAAUGCGUAGAUAACAUCUGGUGAUUGUCUGGAUGUGGCUUUAAUGAUUUUCCCUUUUCUCUCAGCCCAUGCAGUUUGAGGAGGAUGAAAAUGCACCACCGCCUCCUCCAAACCCAUUCAGCUACCUGCUGGAGGAAGAGACGGAGGGUGGGCAAAAGAGAGACCAGAACUCAAACCAUGGUAAGCAGACAACUGGCAUUUUACACUGCAUACCUCUUCAUUCAACACUUCUAGUUUUAAUUUUUCUCAUCUAUUAAUUUGUUUUAAUCGAUUUGUUGCAUGUACUUCAACCACCCGCACGCCACAGUCUGUCAAGUAUUAACAGAUGGCACAACUUUACACACCGUAUUAAUGGAUUGCAUUUAAAUAUGUCCUACUGUUACACACGGUAACUUCUAACAGUCUCUCCCAUGCAUGUUCUGUUGCAUGCCAAUUAAUACAUUCUUAACCCUGCAGAUGCUGAGCACGAAUUAAUCUUGGAUGAAGCACCCUCUGUCCCAAUAACUGAGCCCACACCCCAGGCACCGAUAACUAACACAGGUAUUUAAAGGGCACUGGCCUAUUUUUCCAACAUUUAUUUAAAGAGAAUAGAUAUUGGAAGGAUGGAAGAGUCAGUAACUUUAGAUCUGGUAAAUCGUAUGGUUUGGUUUAUUAAAUCCCACAUUCCAGUGAGCUCAAGACAUGGUCACCGGGGAUUGCAAACUAUUUAAUUGUUUUUGAUCAUUAAAGGAACAUUACACACUCAUGAAGCAUUUUUGGUUGCUGAAGAGUUUGUGUGUUUUUUGGGGUCUUUUUUUUGUGUUUUUCAUUUUACCAAAAGAGCAGAUUUCAAUAGAAAUUUGAGCUUUUUUUUAUUAUUAUUUAUUUAUUUUUUAAAUAUAUUAAUUACUCUUCUGGCUGUCAGACAACAAGUCCUGUAACAUCCUGGUUGAUUAGCUCAGUGGACGGAAACUCAAGAGGCAAAUUAAAAAUGUAUCUAUGCUGUUAUUAGAGGUAUAUCGACUAAAUAGUGAUUUAUUUGGAAUGUGGUGUCUGUUUAAGUAACAGACCGGAAGAUGUAUGCACAGAUUCUGUUCUGGUGCUUAAUAAUCAUUCUGAUUGCUGCUAAAUUAAAGAGGAACUUCAGGAACAGUCAGACAAAGUAGUCUUUAUGAAAUACUGAUCCUGACUAUGUUGGAAUUUCACUGAAAUGUAUAACAAUGUUGUAUGUGGAGGCCAUGCAUCUAACUAGGCCACUAGAGUAUAGCCUAAAACAAAUGCUAUAAUAGAGUAUAGUAAAGAGUAAUCGUUACAGUUGUGGAAAGCUAGACCAUGAGUCCAUGACGGGUUUAUGGGAAGAUCAAACACUUAAAGUUAAAGGACCACUCUAGGCACCCAGACCACUUCAGCUUAAUGAAGUGGUCUGGGUGCCAGGUCCUUCUAGGGUUAACCCAUUUUUUCAUAAUUAUAGCAGUUUCAGAGAAACUGCUAUAAUUAUGAAUGGGUUAAGCCUUCCCCCUAAUCCUCUAGUGGCUGUUUCAUUGACAGCCACUAGAGGCGCUUGCGUGCUUCUCACUGUGAAAAUCACAGUGAGAGCACGCCAGUGUCUAUAGGAAAGCAUUGUAAAUGCUUUCCUAUGAGACCGGCUGAAUGCGCGCACAGCUCUUGCCACGCUGCGCAUUCAGGGCGGGGCGUAAAGGAGGAGGAGAGCUCCCCGCCCAGCGCUGGAAAAAGGUAAGUUUUUACCCCUUUCCCCCUUCCAGAGCCGGGCGGGAGGGGGACCCUGAGGGUGGGGGCACCCUCAGGGAACUAUAGUGCCAGGAAAACGAGUGUUUUCCUGGCACUAUAGUGGUUCUUUAAAGGGACUUAAUUUAGUGGUUUUGGUGCAUAGAGGCUGCCCUUUGGCCAUUUUAUCUGAGAGCCUGGAUUCAGCACUUCUCUGUGAUAAGCAUUUGAGUUGUUGAUGCCUGCGUUAGUCAUGCAUUCACACUAUGCUCACAAUGCUUUGCCUGGCCGUGGAGAAGCAUUGGACAAAAGUCUUCAGAAUAACUCGUUUCAGGCUGGAGGCUGUCCCAGUGCUGAAUUAUUUCAAGUUUUAUGACAUUACUUUUAAAAUAUGGAGGUCCCGGUCAUUUUAUGACCGCAAGUAACAUUAGAACGAGACUAUAAACUGGUACCGGGAAACUCACUUUUGUAUGAAACAUGCCAAUAGGAAAUGUGUUGUGUUACAAAUAUACCUGGAAAAAGUAAUAAGGUUACACAGCCUUGUUCAAACUGUCACCACUGGAGAGUACGGAUUAGAAACAAUACUAACUCUAGAGCACAAUAUAAAGGGAUUCUAUAGUGCCAGGAAAUCAAAGGCGCCUGGCACUGUAGAAUCCUAUAGCACCCCUCCCAUGGUGCUGAAGGGGUUAAAAUCCCCUCCGUCACUUUCCUGAAUCCAGCACAGAUGUCCCCUCUGCACUGGGUCAGGCUCCACCCACAUUUCUCCGUCAGCCAGCAGGGGAGACUUAAUUUGCAUGUGCGCCAAUGGCCACACUCGCAUUAGGAUUUUCCCAUGGGAAAGCAUUAUGCAGAGCAUGAGGACGUCCAGUGUCCAAUAACAGACCUAAGGUCAGUUUCAAACUAGGAAGCCCUCUAGUGGCUGUCUGGUAGACUGCCACUAGAGGUGGAAUUAACCCUGGAUGUUGAUUUAUGAAUAACUGCAAUAAUUACUAUUGAAGGGUUAAGGAACAUUGCACCUAGACCACUUCAAUGAGCUGAAGUGGUCUGGGUGCCUACAGUGUACCUUUUAAAUAGCUCAGUAAGGUCUAAGAAGUAGCAUCCCCAUUUGACGAUACGUCUCUGUGUGCUUUGGUUAUGUUAAUGUUACUUUGCGCGCCUGUAACGGCCAUAGCUUUUUAGUGAAAGACAUUUGCUAUUUUGAACCCCUUCUACUCUAUUGUCAUUGAGAGAGUCCAGUUUCUUCCUCUGCACAGUGCAUGUCUGCCUGCAGUCUGUAGAAUACUCAGAAAACCGAGCCGCUACCCCCAGAGGGGGGGGAAAGGGGGAAUUAACCAAAAAAACAAUAUUUCUAAAGGUCUAUUGCCAGUACAAAUAUGUAAAGUAGCAUAGAUUUAUUUUUAUCUGAAAUACAAAUUCCAUGGAGAUGAGAAGUCUCUCGUAAAUAAUCUACAGUGUAAUUAAUACUGGCACAGAAAGGAUAGGUAAAUUACAGCAGAUUGUCAAAGGUGCAGCUUCAUAAUCUACCAUUACAGCAGGAAGUGGGUGGUCAACGGGAUCUCGCAAAGUUUCCAUAUUGACGCAGGGGAUUAAUGAGAUUGUUACAAACAAGUGCACAUUUUAGAAACUUGAUGGUCAAAAGCUAGAUUUCCAGCUGUUGCACACAAACUUCCAUGACGCUAAAAGGGUUAUGCCAACCACCAUGACCACUUCUGCUUCUAGAAUCCUGGUGGUAGGAGCCUGUAUGUGCAGCUUAUAUGCUCGAAUAGCUGCACAUGCAGUGAUAGUCGCACUUGUGUCUGGGACUCAUUUCAUCCCUAGCUAUGCAAUUGAGGCAGUCUAACUCUUUUGAGCUGCCUGUUAAAUCUGUGCAAAAGCUGCAUCUAUCAUCAGUGUGCUGGUGGCAUAGGUGGUCACCGCUGGAAUCGUGCCUGCAACGGGGAAAAGUCAAUGUCCUCUCCCUCCAGUUUGGUGAUUUUUAACAUAGCUGUUUAAUACAUGUGCUCUGAGCCUGGGAGAAUGGUCUAGUUAUAUGCUUCUGUAUAAGAAGCAUUUGAUUGGACCUCAGAGGGAAGGAGUAACAUCAGACAGGGUGUGGAAGGCAGUAUGAGAGUUUUUUUCAGUACAGGAGUCCAUUUAAGUUUAAAGCUUAUAAUUUAUUAUCGGGGUUGGUGGGGGGAAGCUAACGAAUAAUGCAUUCUACAUUACAUAAAUAGUUUGUGGUCCUUUAAAAGGUUUACUCAAACCAUUUUUACCUAAAGGUCACCCAGGCUACUUCACAUCAAUGAAGUAGCCAGGUUGCAGUCAGUGUAACAGUUUCUGCUAAAAGGCAAUGUUUUACCUUGAUUGGUUAAACUUUCCUCCAAUGACUGUUACACGGACAGCCACUAGAGGCGCUCCUGCUGCACUGACUGUAAAAGGGUGCGGAAGCUUGAAUGAAUGUGCAUCAGGUCCCCAAUUCUACUCAAUAGAAACACUGAAUUGGAGUAUGGCAAUGUUGAGGGAGCCUCGACCCUGGAAAAUGGCAAGGAAAAAAAAAUAUAUAUUUUUACAGGGCUGAGGGAGAAACCUAUAGAACUAGGGCCACUAAAGCGUUAGAUAUACAAAAGUUUGUGUUCCUUUAAGCCUCAUGGCAGCUGUAAUGUUUCAGCGGCUUGAAAUGUACCUUCUGGUGUCCCCAUUUCUAGAUUGGUAAUGUAGCAGAACAGAUUAGCAUUUUGUUUCCUCCCCCCUGUACUCACUGCUCUCCUUGUUACCACAGAGUCUUCAGAGGACCUUAUUAUAAACACAGAUUCGCCCACCGUGGUGUUAAAUGGUAAAGAUAGCAGCAGACAUGAGGAGGAUCUGUCGGUGCAAAUGAACCAGCUCCGCGUGGGGGAGACUGUGGAGAUUACAGUCAGGACCUCUGAGAAGAUCAUCGAAGGGGAACUGACCCCUGAGGGUUCUCCUUCAAAAUCUCCCAACAAGAAAAAGAAGAAAUUCCGCACCCCGUCCUUCCUAAAGAAAAACAAAAAGAAGGAAAAACUGGAGGCUUAA